CUACUGCUCAUUGGGGUUCCCAUCUCUCUAUCUCUGUUUCAUAGAAACUAUUCCUUCCUAUCGUCUUUUUCUGGGUUUUUUCCAUUUCAAAGAUCUAUCAGUUUCACUUCUUCCCUUUCACCCUUUCUGUUCGUCCUCUUCUUCACUUCCGAUUGCAUGACUCAAUCAUUUCCAGAUUAAUCCAAGAAGCCUACCAAUUGUAUAUAGGCUUUGAAAAAAGAUGCCCUGUUUCGCUGUUUGGAAGACCAAAAAGAAAAAGGUCGAUCAGCCUGCGUAUGUUAAACCCCUUAAUCCUAAGGAGGAGCACUUGCCUACUAUGCUCCCUGAGCCCCAGCUUGAAACAAGAUCCUUGCAGUCCGCACCACCAAGCUUCAGAACUAGAGUCAAGCCUGUUCAAUCAGCUAAUAAAAUAUCCAGCAAUAGAGCCAGGGCAUUGUCUGCUCCCUCGUCACUCGACGAUGCCCAACAGGACGCUCUUGCAGCGAUGGAUUACGAUGCACACGAGGAGUCGAAGCUUAAUGCUGGAUUGAAUAAGGAGCAAAAAUCCUCAGGUCCACAACCGCUGCCCCUUCCUUCACCUCAGGCUACUGCUUCUUUGAAAAUUUCAGGAAGCUUUAAAUCGGUCACGUCCAGUGGGCCGUUAUAUUCGUCGGGACCCUUGCCAUUGCCUCCUACGGGUUCACUUCGGAACUUUUCGUUCGAAGAAGUAUCGGCUGCUUGCCAUAAUUUUUCUUCUGAUCGUUGCGUGUCCGAAGGUCUCUCGUCGUUUAUAUAUAAGGCUUCUUUUGGAGAUGAUUCUUCUAGCUUAAGGAAGUUUGAGGCUAAUGUUACUCGUCUUUAUUCAUCAAAUCAGGGAUUGAGGGAAUUUGUGAAUGAAGUGAACACACUGGCCUCUUUACAACAUCCUAACCUUUGUAAACUACUCGGCUUCCAUGCACGCGACGGCUCUGAACAGAGGCUGUUGGUGUAUGAAAGGCUGUUUCAUGGAAGCUUGGAUAGGCUUCUAUACUCGAGAUCUGACGGACCCCUCAUCGACUGGAAUUCGAGAAUGAAAAUUGCAUUAUGUGCUGCCCAAGGUCUGACUUUCUUGCACGAAGAAGGUCCUUUCCAGGCAAUGUACAAUGAGUUUUCGACUGCCAACAUACAGAUCGACAAGGACUUCAGUGCAAAACUUUCUGGAUAUGGAUGCGUCGGACAUAUUCCCAAGUCGGAGAUAUCGAACAACUCGGUGGUGGGUGCAAGUUUAUCAGUGGAAACCUUGGAGAGAGGGUUGCUUACUCCUAAGAGCAAUGUUUGGAGUUUUGGAAUUGUUCUUCUGGAACUACUUACUGGCAGGAGGAAUCUCGAUAACCGUCAUCCGAAGGAAGAGCGAAACUUAGUUAAAUGGAGCGGGCCUUUCCUCAACGAUGAUUGUCGACUGUCUCUGAUCAUGGAUCCUCAGCUAAAAGGGCGCUUCCCGUCUAAAGCGUCUAGGAUUGUGGCUGACAUUGCUCAAAGAUGUCUUCAGAAAGAUCCAUCUGAGAGACCGACGAUGAGAACGAUUGUUGAACGCCUUAGCAGCAUACAAGACGUGAAGUACUCGUGUCGGUUUCCUUUGCAAGAACCUGCAGCAUUUGCUGGAAAACAGAUUUCAAGGUCUCCAAGCCUUAAUGGUAUCAUCACCCCAGCGCCUCGAUUAAGUUUCUCCCCUUCGCCACCUUCGGGUGCUCGGCUGUCUGUAUCUCCGUCUAGAAGAACCUUGCCGUUAACUCUUCCCCCGCGUGCCUGUUCCUCACAUUCACUUGAGGAGCUUGAUAGACAGGGAAACCGAAAAUCAUCGUCAUCGACCUUUCGGCGAACUGGGGUUGAAGGAUUUUGAUUGUGUAUGUAAAUUGUUUUCUUUUAUUUUCCUUAUAUAUAUAUAGAUACACACUUAUUUUUCAACUUUUUUGAUCAUUCAAAAGAAUACAUAAGAGAUAAAUGCAACCCGUGGUGUUGUUGUAAAAGGAAAGGUUUUGGUUUUGUA